AUGCUGCCCUGCUUCCAGCUGCUGCGCAUAGGGGGCGGCAGGGGCGGCGAUCUCUACACCUUCCACCCCCCCACUGAGGCUGGCUGCACCUAUCGCUUGGGCCGCAGGGCCGACCUGUGUGAUGUGGCCCUGCGGCCCCAGCAGGAACCUGGCUUCAUCUCUGGGGUCCAUGCUGAGCUGCAUGCUGAACCCCGGGGUGAUGACUGGAGGGUGAGCCUGGAGGACCACAGCAGCCAAGGGACUUUGGUCAACAAUGUCCGACUCCCAAGAGGUCACAGGCUGGAGUUGAGUGAUGGGGACCUCCUGACCUUUGGCCCUGAAGGGCCCCCAGGAACCAGCCCCUCGGAGUUCUACUUCAUGUUCCAACAAGUCCGAGUCAAACCUCAGGACUUUGCUGCCAUUACCAUCCCACGGUCUAGGGGAGAAGCCGGGACUGGGGCUGGUUUCCGGCCCAUGCUGCCCUCCCAGGGGGCCCCACAGAGGCCCCUUGGUGCCCUCUCCCCUGCCCCCAAGGCCACGCUGAUCCUCAACUCCAUUGGUAGCCUCAGCAAGCUCCAGCCCCAGCCCUUCACCUUCUCCCGGGGUGGGGGUGGGCCACAGAGCCUGCCUGUUCCCACACCACCUGGGGCGGGGACCACUCCUUCUGCUCCACCCGCAAGAAAUCGGAGGAAGUCAGCUCACCGAGUGUUGGCGGAACUGGAUGAUGAGAGGGAGGUUCAGAGCCCUGCACCAGUCCUCACAGGGCCCAGGAAGAAACUCCGCAUCGAGAAAGCCCCACUGACACCCAGUGGCAAUCGACGUGGCCGUCCUCGGAAGCACCCAGUGAGCACCAGCAUGGCUCCCCCUGCAGCUGGGGGUGGAGAGCCCUGUGCAGCUCCCUGUUGCUGCCUGCCCCAAGAAGAGACAGUGGCCUGGGUUCAGUGUGAUGGUUGUGACAUCUGGUUCCAUGUGGCCUGUGUUGGCUGCAGCAUCCAGGCUGCCAGGGAGGCUGACUUCCGAUGCCCAUGCUGCCGUGCUGGCAUCCAGACCUAA